UCGUCUCGCAGAAAAACGUGUGGCAGUGAAAAACUCUCAGCUACGGAUUCUAUUAAAUCAUAAAUGAAUAGUAAUUUUUAACGAGAAUCAAUACUAAACGUAUUAUGGGAAAUAUUUGCCAUGAGGGCAUAAGAUUUAUACAUGCAUAUGUACUUAUCUAUUUAGAGGUUUGAUUGACGGUUAUUUAGAAAAUUAAUUUUUUAGUACAUGCAUAUACAUAAAUAUACCGACAAACAACCUACAGCGAACAGCUUUCCACACUUUCCACGUUUUCUUGACUUGUGUGUGUGUAUAAAAAGCCAACGCCAAGCCGCCGCAUGCAUUUGUCGCGAUGAGUAUGCCAUCCAAUGUUACUCAUCAAGGAAUGAGCGUAAAAAACAGUAAUUUUCCCAUUUUUAAACCAGGCAAAUCACAAGUUGUAGUUCAAAACAAAACAACGAUUUGUAAAUAUAAUAAGUCAACGUUCUAUCAACAGUUGUCAUUUGAUCAUCUCGCGGAAAAUCACAUAAUAGCUGAACAAUUAUUAUUGCUAAGCGUAUAAUUUAAAAGACGCCCUGUUUAACAAGAAAAUACUUUAAAAAAAAUACUCUAGUGAACUGUGUGUGUUUGUGUGUAUUCAACGACAAUAUAAUCGCGAUUGAAACGUUAUAAAAUACAACGAAACUUUGGUAAUGUAUAUAUGAAUGGAUAUGUACAUAUGAACGCAGGAGAAUACACACUUGAGAAACUGAGAGGACGUGAAUUAAUCAGAUUUUCAGAUUUCCACCUAACACAUUGGCAGGCCAUCGGGUUGUCAAAGAAACAAGUAUCUCCUUCUAGUGAUAACGUAAUGAAUUCAGUUCAAAGUGCAACCGAGCAGCAGGAGCAUAUCGGGUCAUUCAAGAGAAGGUUGCGUAAGCGUCGAGACGGUGACGUUAUCGACACAGACACUGACACCGACUUGGACGUGGACGGCGCACAGCUGGGAUCAGUGGCGUAUAUUGAACAAGCUGCCGGCUUUGGCCUGAUCCUGAUCGAUUUGGUGCUACUGCAGAAAGAGUACGUCAAACAAUUCUAUUUCGAGAAGCGCGUAGGCAGCGGAGGACAACAACAACAAAAACAACUGGCCGGAGCGUGGUGUCUGCGCCUGGUGAACGCUAGCUCGAAUUUUGGAUGAUUAAAGUUCAUUUGGCUCGGUAGACCGGCGCGCGGAGGUGAAUUCCUUUGGAAGUGGAUUGCGAAAUACCGGUACGAGCUUUACGCUUUGCGACAACGUAAAAGAGUGCGGUGGGGCACUUCCAUUCCAGCUCGUUUCGAUUCGCUUUUUCUCGAUAUCGUUCCGUCGCCCCACUCUCUCACAUGUGAAACGGUCAAAGAUGCCACCACGCACGGUCUCCGCGUUCCCUAAAUAUGGCUUGUUCCUUUUGGCGGCGUCUCGCGUAGUCGUUGUUGCAUCCACUCCGACAAACCGGCAUGUACGGGAGAUGUCCAGCUGACAUAGUCAAUCAGAACACAAAGGAUAUAAAGAAAAGAAAACUAACCAACUGUGCGAUUAAAAAUUAGGGCAAACCCAAACACGAUAUAAAUCAGAGUAAAGCCUCACAAAUUAAAAUACAUACAUAUAUUGACGUGAAUUAGAAUCGCGAAAAUAAGCGCCAGAAAAUGUCUGCCAGCCAAUGUGAGCCUGGUGCCGCGUGCCUGAUUGCGGACAGUGUCAGCCCGGAGCUGCUGGUGCUGCAGCCGCUAUUCAAUGGCAACAACGUGCAUGCGGAGGAACAGGAGGGACUGCUUCAUCUACCUCGAAUCGCAACCAAAAAUAAUCUUUUGAAGCUCAACUGGUGGCAUACGCCGCCGACACAGCACCUCGUCGACAUCGAAGCCUCAAUCCUCAGCACAACAGAUCAAAGUCUACCAACCAAUUUGAACAACAAUAACACGGCUACCCGAAGCAGCCUCAAUACGCCGGCGAAGUCAACCUCCUCCCCGCCUCACCAUCAUCGUUCAAAUGAAAGGCAUCCGAAGCACAAGGACAGCAGCUCUAUCGUUGAUCCGGCAGAAGAUUUCGAUCUGCAGGACUCACAGCUACUCGCAAAGGAUCCGAAACCAUGCGUCGCACUUCUCAACCAAGAUCAGUCAGAUCAAAUGAAAAUAAGCGGUUACCGGCGCUCCCAUAUCCGUUCGAUAUUGUGCUGGAUCUGCAUAGUGUUAACUGGAGGCCUGUUGCGCCUUGUCCUACAUUGGUGGCGGCAUUGGUAUCUGCUUGCCACAUGCAGGCCGUGCUCCUUGCAGGAGGCACAACAGGUGCUCAUAGAAGAAGACUAUCAGGGUAAUCACAAACUGUAUCAUGUCAAGAGCGUGCAGAUACUGCAUGUGGAGCAGUUCAAAAAAUUAUUGCAGCAAAUAUUGCCAGGAGAGGAUUUCGAUGAUAAUAAGCUACAGCUCCCAGUUCACUUUGCUUCCGCGCAUUUCAAAGGUUUUCGAUCCUUGAGAACAUUUCGUUGCAAGCAGCUGGUUUAUGCUUGGGACAACAGCAUUAAAAACUUUAAGAAAAUCAAUGGAUUAGACGUAAAUGUGCCUUGUUCUUAUUACCAUCAGCAACGUGGACUAUCUGUGCAAGAACAGCUGGCACGCCGCAUUGUAUUUGGGCAAAAUGAGAUAACCGUGCCGCUGAGGGAUGUGAAAACCCUGCUCUUCCUGGAAGUUCUUAAUCCCUUUUAUGUAUUCCAAAUAUUUUCUGUCGUCCUGUGGUUUACCUAUGACUAUUACUAUUAUGCCUGUGUCAUCUUGUUAAUGUCUAUAUUCGGCAUAUCUAUGUCCAUUGUGCAAACAAAGAAGAAUCAAGAUGUUCUGCAGAAAACAGUUUUAAACACGGGAAAUGCAUGGGUCGUUAACGCCAAGGGAGUAUCUGUGGAAUUGUCUACGAAAAUGUUAGUGCCUGGCGAUAUUAUUGAAAUACCAUCGUCCGGCUGCACAAUGCAAUGCGAUGCCGUUUUACUUUCCGGCAACUGCAUCCUAGACGAAUCAAUGCUGACUGGCGAAAGUGUGCCAGUUACUAAAACGCCGCUUCCGAUGAAGCGCGAUGUGAUAUUUGAUAAAAAGGAACAUGCUAGGCACACACUAUUCUGCGGCACGAAAGUAAUACAAACACGAUACAUUGGAUCCAAGAAAGUUUUGGCCUUCGUGAUAAAUACUGGCAAUAUAACUGCCAAAGGUGGCCUAAUACGCUCCAUUCUUUAUCCACCGCCUGUGGACUAUAAGUUUGAGCAGGAUUCGUACAAGUUCAUACAGUUUUUGGCGCUAAUUGCGUGCAUUGGCUUUAUAUAUACGCUUGUCACCAAGAUAUUGCGUGGUACAGAUGCUGUUAAGAUAGUGGUCGAAUCUUUGGAUCUUAUAACAAUUGUUGUGCCACCAGCCUUGCCGGCAGCUAUGACUGUUGGUCGGUUUUAUGCCCAGAAACGAUUAAAAGCCAACAAUAUCUUUUGCAUAUCUCCGCGCUCCAUCAACGUGGCAGGCAGUAUUGAUUGCUGUUGCUUUGAUAAGACUGGAACCUUAACGGAGGAUGGCCUAGACAUGUGGGGUGUCGUUCCAAAGUCUUCCACAAAUCAGUUUCAAAUACCACUGAAAGAUGUGAAGCGUCUGCCAUACGAUCACUUUCUGUUUGGCAUGGUCACAUGCCACUCAAUUACCGUCAUGAACGGCAUGAUGAUGGGUGAUCCCUUGGAUCUUAAGAUGUUUGAAUCGACAGGCUGGAUACUGGAAGAUUCCAACAACAUACCCGAAAACGAGAAGUACGGCCUGAUCUAUCCGACAAUAUUACGGCAACCGAAUCAAGAGGAAAUCAACUCAAGCUUAGCUUUCACACAUCAUGAAGCGGUAAUAACAGAGGCGCCACCACCCGUAUUUCGGCAGAGUUCGGUGGAUGAUCUCUUGGCCAAUAUGGGAUUGUUGAAAUCAAAAACAAAUUUCGAUCAUGGAAUUGUUAGGGAGUUCCCAUUUACAUCCAACUUGCAGCGUAUGUCAGUCAUCACCCGCUGCCUCAGCGCGCAAGGCUUCAACGUUUACUGCAAGGGCUCGCCCGAAAUGUUGCAGCAGUUGUGCCAUCCACAGAGCAUACCGAACGACUAUACCCAUCAGCUCUCCAUUUAUGCCAAAAAAGGUUUCCGAAUUAUUGCCGUGGCAUUUAAGACACUUGAUCCAAAGGUGAACUACACAAAGGUGCAACGCCUUUCGCGCGAAGAGGUCGAGCACAAUUUGGAGUUCCUCGGAUUUGUAAUACUUGAGAAUCGCCUAAAGCCCGAUACAACGGCUGUUAUAAAUUCACUAAAUUUGGCAAAUAUUCGCACAGUUAUGAUUACGGGUGAUAACAUAUUGACAGCAAUGAGCGUUGCUCGAGAUUGCGGCAUUGUUAGUUCCACGCAGGCGGUAAUCACAGUGCAUGCGGUGCCCGUGUUGAAAGGCUUUGAUAAGCUAAAUACCGAUCAAAAUGGCCAAUAUGAACUACAGUAUACUCUCGAGCUGGGCAGUCAGACGUGCACGCCAGCUCUCAAUGGUAAUAGAACAUUUUCGGCUGCUGAAAUCGCUCUGGAUAUGGAUCUAUCAAAGUCAACCAAUUCAUUGGUAAAUAAUGGUGGCUCGAGCUGUGCCUCAAGUGUGUUGCCCAACAGCAACAGCUUGGCUAGUGUUAAGACCAUCGACACAUGGACGCACAAUGACGGCGAUGAUGUGGAGCUUGGAGCGACAGUUGUGGCACGAAAUGAUAGCUGGCGUCGUCAAUAUAUAUUCGCCAUGGAUGGCAAGACAUGGCAAAUUGUUAAGGACCAAUUUCCUCAACAAAUGGAAAUCAUAUUAACGCGCGGUGCUAUCUAUGCACGCAUGUCGCCAGAGCAAAAGCAAUCGCUGGUGAUGGAGCUACAGAAUCUUGACUAUUAUGUAGCAAUGUGCGGAGAUGGGGCUAACGAUUGUGGUGCCCUAAAGGUAGCGCACACUGGAAUAUCGUUGAGCGAGACUGAAUCCUCAAUAGCAUCACCGUUCACCUCCCGUAAUCCGACUAUUGCGGCCGUACCAAAUGUUAUCAAGGAGGGUCGCGCAGCCUUGGUUACAUCAUUUGGUAUUUUUAAGUAUAUGGCUGCCUAUUCCCUGGUACAGUUUGUGUCCGUGAUGAUCCUAUACUCAAUCGACUCGAAUCUUACCGACAAACAAUAUCUCUACAUUGACCUUGGCUUGAUAUCGAUUUUCGCAUUCUUCUUUGGCAAAACUGAAGCCUACGAUGGUCAGCUGGUUAAACAAGUGCCUCUUAGUUCCCUCAUUUCGCCAACGCCUUUAAGCUCGCUUGUGCUCCAUUUAGCCGUUGUGGUCAUAUUCCAGGUCGCCGGUUGGUUUCAACUGCAUCAACAGCCUUGGUUUAAGCCUUUCGGGCCAUCUGACGAGCAUCAUUUGGGCUGCUAUGAGAACUACACCAUGUUUGCCAUAUCGAGUUUCCAGUAUAUUAUACUUGCAUUUGUAUUUUCAAAGGGAGCACCAUACCGAAAGCCAAUCUGGUCGAAUUGGCCUCUAUGCCUGACCCUGGUGAUAAAUGCCUGCAUUGUCGUAUACCUAGUUGCCUAUCCAAGUGAUUGGAUUGCCAACUUCUUUCAACUCAUCGUGCCACCGGAUAUGUCUUUUCGUUACAUUAUGCUCCAAUAUGGAGCAGCUGCAUUUAUCACUCAUGCAUUUCUCGAGGCUUUUGUGGUGGAGUAUUUGGUAUUUAAGCGAUUCCAGGUGCGACGGGAGCAAAACUUAAAAACAUCAAAUCGUAAAUAUAUGCGAUUGGAGUAUAAUAUUAAGUCCUUUGACAACUGGCCGCCCAUAACGGAGGUCUAUGAUCUGCACGAUCCAGCCGACCAAGGAGCGGAGCUACAGCCGACAUAUGUUAACCUAAGCGCUGAACAAAAUUUGGACGGUCAGCCCAGCGGUUUUCCUGGCUUUUUCGAGACGUCUGAGCAUAGCGUAGAAAACCGACAUCGCAUACACUCAGAGGUAUCCAGUGCGAGUCCACGGCACAGCUGAAGUCCAAAAAUAAUGAUGAGGAGAUGUACUUACAUUUUGUAUAUACAUUUAUGCAUGUACAUACAUUUUGUGCAUUAUACUAUAAGUUUACAUAGGCUACAUAUAUUAAGUAUAUGUUUAUUGAUAAACAUAUAGACACUGUUAUUUUUGCUAAUUUGUACCGUUAAUCGCAUUUUAUCGCGCAUGUUAAUAGGUAUUUCCAAUGAAAUUUUACUUACUAUGUACUUAUCUGGUUAAAUGCCUUCAUAGAUAAUGUUCUGUCAUUUAGAAAAUCGGAGGUGUUAGGGGUGUGUUAAAUACAUAAUUAAACACCUUUGCAUUAGUUCAUCUGAUUGGGUGAAGUUUAUGCAACGGAUAUAUUGAUUAUUACACUAGACUACAGAGAAACAGCUGCUGCGUACGCACUUAUGUACAUAAGUUGCCAUUUGUAAUUAAUAUUUAUUUUGUAAUGUAUCUAUACUGUAGCCUAUCAAAUUACUACUGAAUAAGUAUUCAAUAAAAACGUUUUGUAAAUCCGA